CUCACACCUUCUCCUUCUGCUCCUGCUUACAACCAGGGACCCUCCAUACCACACCCAUGGCCUGCUACAACCGCUGCCAGCCCUGCGGACCCACCCCGCUGGCCAACAGCUGCAACGAGCCCUGUGCCCUGCAAUGCCAGGACUCCCACGUUGUCAUCAACCCUUCCCCCGUGCUGAUCACCCUGCCGGGACCCAUCAUGACCUCCUUCCCCCAGAACACCGCUGUCGGAUCCACCUCCUCAGCUGCUGUUGGCAGUGAACUCAGUGCCCAGGGACAGCCCAUCUCUGGAGGCUUUGGUGGCUUUGGCUAUGGCCUUGGCUAUGGGCUGGGAGGCCUGGGCUGCUAUGGCAGAAGGGGUGGCUACAUCUGCUAAGGGCUCUCAGCACCAGCCCUGACACCACCAGCUCGGUGCCCUGGCAACAGCUCCUGCAAGCAAAACACAUCAGCUGAUGCUUGCUAGACUUGCACCUCAGACCAGCUCUUUUCAAAGUCUUUCUCUUCUCUCUUCAUUCUUUUGUCUCAAUAAAGCUCUGUUGCAUCAAA